CUUCAGAAAAACAGGAGAUAGAAGCAGAAUUUCUUUGUUCCCUUAUUCGAGGUUUAUUUCAGAUAAUAUUUAUCUGAAGGUUUCUGUUACAAGUUAGAUGUUUAUAUAAGUAGCACUUUUAUUUCUGAUUUAAAUUAUUAGUUUUAACAAAUUCAGUCAAUCUUACAUCACAUACUAAAUAAAUUUCUAAUUUAUUCUCUUUUCUUCACGUUUAAAGUUGUUAAAACGUAUCACAGUUCUGAUCAAUAAGUUGAAUGACGCAUUACAAAUUAAAACUAUCUGUUAUAUUUCUCUGACAGCAACACAAAUUAAACUAAACAUGGUUAAAUGCUUAUUGCAUAACUGGCUGCCUUAAACUUUGUGAACAACAGGGAAACUAUUCAUUAGGUGAUUUAGAUUUAAUAAAAUUAGUGUCGACGUGGCUUGAAACCAGGUGAUACUGAUCACUAAACGCCUCAUUCCUCUUAAAAACUAGUUUCACUUUCAUUUGAAUAUGACGUAGAAAAAAAAUUCUCCAUAAAGAUCUCCUGAAAGUUCAGUUGAACAUAGAAGUGAGCUGAUCUACACAGAGCAGCAUGGACCAGGGUGAGGACAGAGAAGACAAAAAGGACAAAGUUCCUCCUUCUAAAACUCGUCAGGAUGGAGAGCAGAGCAAAGUUCAGAGGAAACAAACAGGGCCAGAACCAGGACCAGAACCCAGCUGUAUGUCUUAUAAGAGCAAUUUUUCAAUGGACAAGGGUAUUGAUUUCAAGUCAUCAGCAGAAAGGAAACAACCAGGACCACAACCAGGACCACAACCCAGCCAUGUGUCUUUAAAGAGCAGUGCUUCAAUAGACAAGGGUAUUGAUUUCAAGUCAUCAGCUGAAAGACUGGACCAGCAGAGCUCAGAAGUUCCCACUGAUCCGUCUGCACAGCAGCAUCAAACACGACUGGACUCCAUAUUUAUGCUGCUGGAGGAGAACAUUGUCAUUUUUGUGAAGAAUGAGCUGAAGAAGAUACAGAAGGUCCUGAGUCCAAACGACUCAUAUUUUGAGAGUGAGAAGGAGGAUGAGGAGAUGUUGGAGGAUGAAGAGCAAAGGAGAAAUAGCAAAGAUGCAUUAGUGAAGAUCACCCUGAACUUCCUGAGGAGGAUGAAGCAGGAGGAGCUGGCUGAUCGUCUGCAGAGCAAGCUGCUUCCUUCUGCUUGUCAACAAAACCUUCAAUCUUCCCUGAAGAAGAAGUUUCAGUGUGUGUUUGAGGGAAUCGCUAAAGCAGGAAGUCCAACCCUUCUGAAUCAGAUCUACACAGAGCUCUACAUCAUAGAGGGAGGGACUGGAGAGGUCAAUGAUGAACAUGAGGUCAGACAGCUUGAAACAGCAUCCAGGAAACAACACAAAAUGGAAACAACAAUAAAACAAGACGACAUCUUUAGAGUCCCACCUGGAAGAGAUCAACCAAUCAGAACAGUGAUGACAAAGGGAGUGGCUGGCAUUGGGAAAACAGUCUUAACACAGAAGUUUACUCUGGACUGGGCUGAAGGGAAAACCAACCAGAACAUCCACUUCAUAUUUCCAUUCACCUUCAGAGAGCUGAAUGUGCAGAAAGAGAAAAAGUUCAGCUUGGUGGAACUGAUUCAUCACUUCUUUACUGAAACCAAAGGAAUCAGUAACUUUGAACAGUUCCUGGUUCUGUUCAUCUUUGAUGGCUUGGAUGAGAGUCGACUUCCUCUGGACUUCAACAACAAGGAGAUCCUGACUGAUGCUACAGAGUCCAGCUCAGUGGAUGUUCUGCUGACAAACCUCAUCAGGGGGAAACUGCUUCCCUCUGCUCUCCUCUGGAUAACCACACGACCUGCAGCAGCCAAUCAGAUCCCAGAUAAGUUUGCUGACAGAGUGACUGACAUUAGAGGGUUCAAUGACCCCCAGAAGGAGGAGUACGUCAGGAAGAGAUUCAGAGAUAAAGAGCAGGCCAGCAGGAUCAUUUCCCACCUCAAGUCAUCAAGGAGUCUCCACAUCAUGUGUCACAUUCCAGUCUUUUGCUGGAUCACUGCUACAGUUGUGGAGGAUUUGUUGAAAACCAACCAAAGAGCCAUACUCCCAAAGACUCUGACUGAGAUGUACAUCCACUUCUUGGUGGUUCAGACCAAAGUGAAGAAGGUGAAAUAUGAUGGAGGAUCUGAAACAGAUCCACACUGGAGUCCAGAGAGCAGGAAGAUGAUUGAGUCUCUGGGAAAACUGGCUUUUGAUCAGCUGCAGAAAGGAAACCUGAUCUUCUAUGAAUCAGACCUGACAGAGUGUGGCAUCGAYAUCAGAGYAGCMUCAGUGUACUCAGGAGUGUUCACACAGAUCUUUARAGARGAGAGAGGGCUGUACCAGGACAAGGUGUUCUGCUUCGUCCAUCUGAGUGUUCAGGAGUUUCUGGCUGCUCUUCAUGUUCACCUGACCUUCAUCAACUCUGGUAUCAAUCUGCUUGAAGAAUCUUUGACAGAAAAUAAAGAAUCAGCACUGGCUAAUUUACAUCAAAGUGCUGUGGACAAAGCAUUACAGAGUCCAAAUGGACAUCUGGACUUGUUCCUCCGCUUCCUCCUGGGACUUUCCCUGCACACCAAUCAGAGACUCCUACAUGGUCUCCUGACACAGCAAGCAAACAGUUCACAGAUCAACCAAGAAACAGCCCAGUACAUCAGGGAGAAAAUCAAUGGCAAUCUGCCAACAGAGAAAAACAUCAACCUGUUCCACUGUCUGAAUGAACUGAACGAUCGUUCUCUAGUGGAGGAGAUCCAACAGUCUCUGAGUUCAGGACGUCUCUCCAGUGAUAAACUGUCUCCUGCUCAGUUGUCAGCUCUGGUCUUCAUCUUACUGUCAUCAGAAAAAGAUCUGGAUGUGUUUGAUCUCAAAAAGUAUUUCUCUUCAGAGGAGGCUCUUGUGAGGCUGUUGCCUGUGGUCAAAGCAACACAAAAAGCAGUSAUGAGUGGCUGCGAUCUCUCAGAGAGAAUCUGUGAACCUCUGUCUAAUAUUCUGAGCUCUCAGUCCUUGAGUUUAAGAGAAUUGGACUUGAGUAACAACAAUCUAAGGGAUUCGGGAGUGGAGCUGUUGUGUGAUGGACUAAAAACUUCACAAUGCAUGUUGGAGAUUCUAAGCCUCUCAGGCUGUCUGAUCACAGAGAAGGGCUGYACUCCUCUGGCCUCAGCUCUGAGCUCCAGCCUCUCCAAUCUAAAAGAGCUGAACCUGAGCUACAAUGAUCCAGGAGAUGCAGGAAAGAAGCAGCUGAAAGAGGCAGCGAGGAGUCCACAGUGCAAACUUAAGGUGGAGCCUGCUGGGGUCCAAUGGUUGACACCAGGUCUGAGGAAGUAUUCCUGUCAACUCACCAUUGACACAAACACAGUGAGCAGAAAACUCAAGCUGUCUGAGGACAACAGGAAGGCGACCUGUGUGGAGGAUGUUCAGCCUUAUCCUGACCAUCCAGACAGAUUUGAUGUUAGGCCUCAGCUUCUGUGUACAGAUGGUCUGACUGGUCGAUGUUAUUAUGAGGUGGAGAUUGGAAAAGGAGUUGAUAUAUCACUCAGCUACAAAGGAAUUGGGAGGAAAGGAGACACCAGUGACUGCCGGUUUGGAAUGAAUAAUCUUUCCUGGAGUUUGAUCUGCUCUGAUCGCCAUGGCAACUGUCUCUGGAAUAAUAAGUCAGGAGCAUCCAUCUCCUCCUCCUCUGUCUCUAACAGAGUAGCGGUGUAUGUGGACUGUCCUGGUGGAGUUCUGUCCUUCUACAGAGUCUCCUCUGACUCGCUGAUCCACCUCUACACCUUCAACACCACCUUCACUGAGCCUCUCUACCCUGGAUUUGCAAUCUUCUCUAAUUCCUCUGUUUCUUUAAUCUGAAGAGCCUAAGAAAUGGUCUGCUCCCCUUUUUCUACAGUCUAGUUUUGCUCACUUAGCUUGACUUUUUGAAAGAACGCUAAAAGGAGAUGUUGACUAAAAUGGGUUUUUACAUUCAACUAAAAAGCAGUAGCUACUCUUGUUGCACCGGGCUUGCCAGUGGUGACUGACAGACUAUAAUCCAGUUUGUCUGUAUUUGUCCUGCAGAAACUGAACAACUUAUUUAAAGAAAUACUAAGGUGUUUUCAGGUCAUUAAGUGAAAAAAGUGAAAACUGUUUAACUUUUCACAUUCUCUUUCCAUCAUACAUAUAUUACCUUAAAACACUUUUUACUUUCAUGUACUUAUUUUUUGUUUUGUUCUUGUAAAUGUUUUUGUAUACUUUCAUGAUUUUUUGCAAUUAUUUUGUUUCAUUUGCUAAAAUCCAAGUAAAUGCUGUAAUGUAACUUGAGAAAAUGAAAAGAAUACUAAAUGGUGCAAAAGGGAGUUUUUACAUUACUAAUGCUUAAGUAUUCUCCUUGAAUUGCAUUUUAAGUUUCUUGGCAAACUAACUGCAGAUUGCUUCAGCAGCCUUCUCUAACUUAUUGAUCACUGCUACACCUUCAGCAUCACCUUCACUGAACUUCUCUAACUAGAUCUGCAGUCUUCACUAAUUCCUCUGUUUCUUUAAUCUGGAAACCCUGACAAAAUCAGCUUUUAAAACACUUUUUACAUUCAUGUACUCAUUUUGUUUUGUUCUCAUAUUUUUGUUUUACUUUCCCUAAAUAUCUAAACUCUUAAAUGUAGAUUAUUUAGGCAAAGUUGCUGUUAUAUAGAACUGAAUAAAAUGUAGUUAGUGAUUUUUUAAUUUGUUUUGUACAUGCAUAAAUAUGUUUUAUGUUUGAAGGCAGUGAAUCCUAAAGAAGUUCCACAACUGUUAGUUUUGCUUUAUUUUUCAGUAUUAUCAUAUGAGUGUUUUUAUUCUUAAUGAUGCUUUUUAUGUACCUCACUAUUAAGUUUACUUUUCUGUAUGCUUAGCCAGAGAUCCUGAAUUAAUAUAGAUUUGUUUUCAUGUUUAACAGAGAAGAUUAAUGUGAAAGAAACUGAAAUAGAGUUUAUUUGUACCUGAUGAACAUGUAAAAUACAUUCUACCUAUGAAUACAAGUAAAGUUAAUGCUUAUUUCAAUUACACUCUAAAAACCAGGAAGAUGAAAGAUCUUAAAUGUUCUUUAAUGAUUCUUUGUGUUGUGGACGAUGGACUGUAAACAAAGACAGAAUAUUGAUUAUUUUUUAUAAGUAGAAAAAUAAAACCAGGUGAAACUGACA